GUGUUUGUCAGGGUUUUUUUGUUCGAGCCAAAUACGCCAAGUUGGUUCUCAUGCUGUCGCGGGGGCAGGAAAAUGGCUUUACCCUUCUGUCGACGUAUUAGAUUUGUCAGAUCCAUCACUCUUUGCUUGCCAUGGGGAUGGUUUCCUUCUUUUUUGUGUUUUUUAUUUUUAUUUUAUAUUUUUCUGCUUCAUCAAAACUAUCAAAAAUACGCCUUUCCUAUUCUUUUCAUUGCGACUAAAUCGUCCGAGAAUCCAAGGAAGGAAUUGGGGAUUCAAGACAAGGCGUCCGACCCAGAUCGUACCUCCCGUUCUUCAUUGGCCAUCCUCCCCGGAUGACCUCACCCGCUCUCCGGGGGAGUCGGUUUCCGGGUGUUCCUAGGAUUAAUUAACCAUGCUCCCAUUAUUGUUUUUUUCCUAUUAUAAAUAGGUCAGCUUCGAGUGUGUGUAUUUGGGUUCUUCUCCUCUUCUUCUCCCUUCCUCGAUUGGUCUGCUGCCAUUUUCUCGUACUGCCUCCUCUUCGGCUGGACCUGCGCUGCUUGGCUUUCGGGUGCCCUUCGUGCCGAGAGGCUCAUGAAGAGGCUUCUAGCUGUGCUUUUACUUUUAGCAGUUGCUGGUGCUCUUGAUGGCGAUGAAAGGAGUGAUGGGUAUUGUAAGCACAUGAGUCGAUCGACACCAAGACCACACAGCGUUGCCAUAACGGAGUUUGGGGCAGUGGGAGAUGGAGUGACUCUGAAUACGGUUGCCUUUCAGAAUGCUGUUUUCUAUGUCCGGUCAUUCGCUGACAAGGGUGGUGCUCAGUUGUAUGUUCCUAAAGGGAGAUGGCUGACAGGAAGUUUUGAUCUAACCAGUCACCUAACUCUGUUCCUCGACAAAGAUGCAGUUAUAAUCGGCAGUCAGGAUGCAUCUCAGUGGCCUCCUGUUGAGCCUUUACCCUCGUAUGGUCGAGGGAUAGACCUUCCAGGUGAAAGGCAUCGCAGUUUGAUAAAUGGAUACAACUUGAUUGAUGUGGUGAUAACAGGCAAUAAUGGAGGUAUUGAUGGGCAGGGUUCUGUUUGGUGGGAGUGGUUUCGUUCCCAUACCUUGAACUACAGUCGUCCUCAUCUUCUUGAACUUGUGAGUUCUAGUGACAUUGUGGUUUCAAACUUAACCUUUUUGAAUCCCCCUGCCUGGAGCAUUCAUCCAGUCUAUUCCAGCAAUGUGACGAUCCAGAACAUAAUCAUCCAUGCUUCAUCUGAUUCCCCAUAUACUGAUGGUAUAGUACCAGAUUCAUGUUCAAAUUUCCACAUCGAAGAUUGCAGCAUCAAUGUCGGACAUGACGCAAUUGUUCUCAAGAGUGGUUGGGACAGCUACGGUAUCUCUUUUGGCAAACCUUCUUCGAAUAUUCAGAUCAACAAUGUCCAUCUGCAGACAUCUCUUGGUUCAGCACUUGCUUUUGGCAGUGAGAUGUCUGGUGGCAUCUCAGACGUGCGUGUGGAGCAUCUCUAUAUCCGCAAUUCUCACACUGGCAUAAACUUCAAGACCACCCGCGGGCGAGGUGGCUACAUUGAAGAUAUUGUCAUAUCAGAUGUGAAAAUGGAAAAUGUUCAUGAAGCAAUUCAGUUCACAGGUUACUGUGGGGCCCAUCCUGAUGACCAAUUUGAUCCUGAUGUUCUCCCGGUAGUCAAGCGAGUCACCAUAAAGGAUGUGGUCGGUACCAACAUCUCCAACGCCGGAGUAUUUUCAGGAAUCGAUCAUGAUCCCUUCACUGCCAUCUGCCUUGCGAAUAUCAGUUUGCCUAUCACCUCAGACCUCUCUGAUCCCUGGACUUGUUCCAAUGUCGCUGGAUUCUCUGACUCGGUCUUUCCACAGCCAUGCUUGGACCUGAGCUUGAAUUCUUCUCUGUUCUGCUUCUCCCUUGAAACCUUUGGAGCUAUCGCGGAAAUCUAGUGAUAUCUUUUUGCAGUGCGAGUACCAUUUGUUCAUUCUCCUCUGUACAAUCGAAAAACUUGAGCUCAUCAAUAUUUGUGCCAAUUCUUUCCAAUAAAUCCCAACGAAAGUGAAUACCUUUUCAUCUCUACCAUCGAUUUAACGCGUACUGUUUGCCAUAGUACCCAAGUUGAGGGUUGUUCUGUUCCCAGCAAACAAAUAUUCCACAUCAGAGAUGAUGGCGUGCUUGCUUGUACAGCUAGAUUUCUUCAUUCAAAACCUGUAAGAAAAAUUUUUGAUAGGUGUUGGAAUUCAGAUGUUUGAUUGAUAUUGUAAUUUGUCAUUAUCCUAUUGGUCUUGGUUAGUAGUUUGUAUAUUUUUAUCCUGUGUGUGGGAAUCCAGAACGGAAAUCAAAUCAGCCAUGGAAUGAUUA